GCUCUACAAACAAACACCGCCAUUAACGGCUCCGUUGCUUCAUCUUCUCACCGUCGCUACCGUCGAUCACUCGAUCCUCUCCACCGGUUUAGUUUUCGAAUUCGGAAGAUGGAUUCAGUCCUUCCAGUGGCCAUCGCAUCUGUUAUUCUCGGUGCGUUGAUUGCCGUCAUCUUCUUCGGUACCUACUUCCGGAAGCGGACAUCGGAGGUGCAGUCCAUGGCCAAAGCGGAGCCUCAGGAUCCGAUCCGAAAUCCCAAAUCGAAUCCCAAGAAGAAUCAUCCCAAAUCUCACGCCUCCGACAAGAAUCAGAACAAGCGGCAUCAUCCUCUAGACUUGAACACGUUGAAAGGCCACGGUGAUUCUGUUACUGGACUCUGUUUCUCAUCUGAUGGAAGAAGCUUGGCUACAGCUUGCGGUGAUGGAGUGAUCAGGGUGUUCAAGCUAGAUGAUGCCUCAAGCAAAAGCUUCAAAUUUUUAAGGAUAAAUCUUCCUGCUGGAGGGCAUCCAACUGCUGUGGCAUUUGGUGAUGAUGCCUCCUCUAUUGUUGUGGCUUGUCAUAACAUGUCGGGUUCAUCUUUGUACAUGUACGGUGAAGAAAAGCAAAAGGAACCUCAGGCGAAGCUUCCUCUUCCCGGGAUCAAAUGGGAGCGCCAUAAUAUUCAUGAUAAGCGAGCAGUCCUUACCAUUUCUGGAGCAACUGCAACGUACGGUACUGCUGAUGGAAGUGCUGUCAUUGCCUCUUGUUCCGAAGGGACUGAUAUCAUACUUUGGCAUGGGAAAACUGGGAGGAAUUUGGGACAUGUUGAUACAAACCAGUUGAAGAAUCACAUGGCAGCUGUAUCACCAAAUGGACGGUUUUUGGCAGCUGCAGCAUUUACUGCAGAUGUGAAGGUGUGGGAAAUUGUGUAUCUGAAAGAUGGUUCUGUCAAGGAGGUUUCAAGAGUUAUGCAACUCAAAGGCCACAAGAGUGCAGUGACUUGGUUAUGCUUUUCUCCAAACUCGGAGAGAAUCAUUACCGCUUCAAAAGAUGGUUCAAUACGACUCUGGAACAUCAAUGUCCGGUAUCAUCUUGAUGAGGAUCCAAAGACAUUGAAGGUGUUCCCGAUUCCACUAUGCGACUCAGGGGGCAAUCCGUUGCACUAUGAUCGGCUCAGUUUGUGCCCGGAAGGAAAGAUAUUGGCAGCAAGCCAUGGUUCUACAUUGCAGUGGAUAUGUGCAGAAACUGGAAAUGUAUUGGACACAGCUGAGAAAGCCCACGAAGGGGAUAUCACAUGCAUUUCGUGGGCACCCAAGGCUAUCACAGUGGGGGAGAGACAGGCCAUGGUUUUAGCGACAGCAGGCGUUGACAAAAGAGUGAAGCUGUGGGAAGCUCCAAAGUCGCAAUCGAUGUAGACUUUUUGUAUACAAAAAGAGAGUCCUCCUUCAUCACAUGAGGGAUAUUUAACGGCACAACUACAAGAGAUACACAGAGAGAAUCCUAGUCUUUAUGUUUUUUUUUUUUGAUGAGUCCUUCGUAAAACAAAUGAGGAAUUCUAGUGAAAAACUAGCGGAAAGAAUGAUAUGUGAGGUUCAAGUUUCUUCUUGUCUGUCACCGCAACUGUUUUGAAAUUUUGAAUUUUCCUUAUAAUUCUGUCUUCACACUUGACCUCUUCCAGAUU